CUACUGUCAUAACAGGCCUAUCACACCUCCCCCAACACCUAGUGCUUCAUCACGAUGGCCUCCGCCAACCGCAAGAAGGUACUCCUGAAGGUCAUCAUCCUCGGCGACUCUGGUGUCGGCAAGACCUCGCUCAUGAACCAGUAUGUCAACAAGCGCUUCUCGAAUCAGUACAAGGCCACAAUCGGCGCCGACUUCCUCACGCGCGAGCUGGUAGUCGACGACCGCGUCGUGACGAUGCAGUUGUGGGACACUGCCGGCCAGGAGCGUUUCCAGUCGCUCGGCGUUGCGUUCUACCGCGGCGCUGAUUGCUGCGUGUUGGUCUACGACGUCAACUCAAGCAAGAGCUUCGAGGCCCUCGACGGCUGGAGGGACGAGUUCCUCGUGCAGGCUUCUCCACACGACCCCGAGAACUUCCCUUUCGUCGUCCUGGGUAACAAGAUUGACAUGGAGGAGUCGAAGCGCAUGGUUUCUCAAAAACGCGCGAUGACGUGGUGCCAGGCCAAGGGCAACAUCCCUUACUUUGAGACCUCGGCCAAGGAGGCCAUCAACGUUGAACAGGCGUUCCAGACCAUUGCGAAGAACGCUCUCGCACAGGAGGCCGAGACCGAGCUCUACGCCGACUACCCCGACCCGAUCCGCAUCGACUCAGACAGCUCGCAGAACUACGGCUGCAGCUGCUAAGCCCAGGAUCGUGUUCAGUUAGACCGGCCUGCCGACUGCGAGAGAAUUGUCGUUACUUCAUCCAUUCUAAUCCUUCUUUGGUCGGCCUGUAGACUUUGUACAAGGUAGUGGGAGAUAUAUGAUGCGGACGUGCCAAGGUGCGAAUGGAAGUGCGAACUCAACCUCGACACCCUUGUGCUCCGUACUGCCAGCCACAUUGCUGGAGAGUAAGUACCUCUAUGUAUCUUUGCCCAAACUCUACUCGUCUCAUAUCCCACUCUGCGUGAGCCUGGCCUUCGAUAACCCGGCACUCCGUGCCCGCGUUGCCCGGCGCACGCAAUGCAAACUGCACAACUGCUGGUAUAAG